AUGUUAACACAUUGCCUUCUGAUACCGUUUUAUACCAUUAUUAGUAUUGUUAUUGAAAUUUUCAAUCAUUUACCAAUUCCUGUAGAGUUAUAUUAUAAACGAUUAGAUCUGCAGAUAUUAGAAGGAGCAGCUGCUGCCAUUCCUGGAGAAGAGGAGGAAGAAUGGUCGUUGUUAGGUGUUGCUAGGCCAAAGUCAGAGUUUGAAAUACCAUUAUUUGUUGCUUACCAUUGUAGGAUAUACCUGUGUCCAGUGGGUUUAGGCUACUUUAUUUGUGAGACUGCACUCAAAUGGGAAGAGUUGUCAAAGGAAGACUCCAGACAAAAAGUGUUUUCAUGUAAAGCAAAGCAUGCAACAGAACCAAACUUCAACAUUAAGGUGAUUUGUGACGAUGUGGCUUUUGCAAAAACUGCUAUCAAGAUUCCAGAAGGAACACCAAAUUAUGUUCUUAACUUACACCCACCUGUUAUUCUACAUAAUUAUCUACCUUACAGUAUUGUAUAUGCACUGGAGGAAAAAUCAGCAGACAUUUUACAGAGAUCUGUAGGACAGCCAAUCACAAUGACUGUAGCAGUGGACAUUUUACAGAGGUCUGUAGGACAGCCAAUCACAAUGACUGUAGCAGUAGACAUUUUACAGAGAUCUGUAGGACAGCCAAUCACAAUGACUGUAGCAGUGAACAUUUUACAGAGGUCUGUAGGACAGCCAAUCACAAUGACUGUAGCAGUGGACAUUUUACAGAGGUCUGUAGGACAGCCAAUCACAAUGACUGUAGCAGUGAACAUUUUACAGAGGUCUGUAGGACAGCCAAUCACAAUGACUGUAGCAGUGAACAUUUUACAGAGGUCUGUAGGACAACCAAUCACAAUGACUGUAGCAGUGAACAUUUUACAGAGGUCUGUAGGACAGCCAAUCACAAUGACUGUAGCAGUGGACAUUUUACAGAGAUCUGUAGGACAGCCAAUCACAAUGACUGUAGCAGUGAACAUUUUACAGAGGUCUGUAGAACAGCCAAUCACAAUGACUGUAGCAGUGGACAUUUUACAGAGGUCUGUAGAACAGCCAAUCACAAUGACUGUAGCAGUGGACAUUUUACAGAGAUCUGUAGGACAGCCAAUCACAAUGACUGUAGCAGUGAACAUUUUACAGAGGUCUGUAGAACAGCCAAUCACAAUGACUGUAGCAGUGGACAUUUUACAGAGGUCUACAACUCCACCGGCAACUCUUGGAGCCGGCGAAAAUCUUCCAAUGUUUACAGUACGUGAUGAUCAAUCUCAAAAACUCCAUAUACAGAUGUAUGAUUAUCUUUCUGCUGAUUGGGAAGGAUUCUUAAAUAUAUCAAGACAGUUGAAGCCUUACGAAUCUGUUGUCAUGGAAACCAAUGAUCAUGAAGAAGAUCGCUAUAAAUAUUUAUCCCUUAGUGUGCAUACAACACAUGCUAAUUCUAUGGAUAUAUUUCUAUAUUCUCCAUACUGGUUUGUUAAUAAAACUGAGCUGCCUGUCGAUUUUAGAGGCUCAAGAUCAAGAUUAGUUUAUGAAAACCAAACCUCAAGCAGUCCAAUUUUAUUUUGCUUUGGGUCUAAAAAGAAAAAAAGAGCCAAGAUUCGAGUAUUUGGUUCUGAUUGGUCGCAGUCAUUCUCAUUGGAUACAGUUGGAAGUUCAGGAGUUGUGACAUGUAAAGAUAAAGGCCAUGAUAGAAUAUAUCAGUUUUGGUUGGAAAUCAAGAUGUCUAAUCUGACACUCACGAAGAUCGUCACAUUGAUGCCUUAUUUCUUGGUAUUGAAUAAAACGAAUGAAACAUUAAGUUUCCUGGAAGAAGAUUUGAAAGCUGCUGUCUGGGUGGAUGUGAAACCAAACGAGUGUAUCCCAUAUUGGCCUGGUACAAAAUCAAUGAAGAUGUUUGUCAAGAUAUCAGAUAGUCGAUUGACAUCACAGCAUUUCAGUGUUGAUAAACCACAUUCAACUGUGCUCAGGAUGGAACAUGGGACUGCCUUGACAGUGGAUGUUAGUGGAGGAACCGAGGGACCAACAACCAUAACAUUAACACCAUACACGAACGGAAGUGCUCCUGUCAGAAUUGAUAAUCUAUGUGAUGAUGAUGUCUUUAUUAAAGUCUCUCAGAAAAAUAGUAAUAAUGUCAUGUUGAUAACAUCACAACAAUCUUUACUGUAUACAUGGGAUGAUCCCACAGUUGAAAGGACACUCUGGUGGAACUUAUAUAAUAGAAAUAAACCCUCAUUUCCUGCUAUGAUUAGUAAGGAUGACAGUAAUAAAGUCAAUGUGAGUAUUGAAAGUGUUAGAAGAAGCAGUCUCCCUGGUGAUGGAGAGUAUGUUGAAGGAGAAGAUGACAGUGUUUAUAGUACUGAUGAAGAUGACAAAGACAAACCUGAUGGUCUCAUAGAACAUCCAUUGAUGAAUAAAACUGAAAAGACCACCAUUUAUUGGGUUUCAUACUUAGAUGGAUUGCAGCGAGUGUUGCUAUUUACACAGAAUAAAAAUAUAGCACAGAUUGCUAAAAAAGCUAACAUUGCAGAGCAAGCCAAUAUGGAAUUAUUUGUAGCAUUAGAAGGAAUUGGAGCAUCUCUUAUCAACAGUAAAUAUGAGGAAGUAGCCUACGCUGCUAUCACCAGUAGUAUUGCUAAAUGGGAAGUAGAAAGCAAACCUGGAAAGUGGAAAUUAAUGAAUAUAGAAUUAGGUGCAAUCCUGGAAGAUAGAUGGCGAAAUGAUGAAGAUAGAAUUGUUGUGGAAGAUGCUGUAGAGGUUGAUAACCAGUUACCAGAUGCCUUCUUUACCUCCGUCAUAUACCCGGCACCACUACCUAAACAUGUUAUCAGAAAAUCUGGUACCAAGCCAUUAAUUGAACUCUCUGUGAUGAGAAGACAAGUGCCUGAAAAUAACGUUGAUACUUUCAGAUAUGUCAAGGUGCUGAUACAACAAACUAAUAUUCGAAUAGACAAAGGAUUUCUACUUUCUGUUGUUGACAUAUUCAGUACAUUAGGUGAACCUACAGAAGAGCUAAAUGAAGAUGGUAGUCAUGUGACAAGGGAGAUGGUACAACUAAGACAGGAUCUUGGUCGAGUUAAUGAAACAUUGAAACAAACAUUGGCAUAUAUGGUUGCUGAGCAACCACAGAAAAGCUACUUUGAGUAUCUUCAUCUUUCUCCCUUGAAGCUUGGCAUAAGUUUCUCAUUAAGUGGUGUGCCACAUGUGUCCAGUGGAGAAGAGAGAUCUUUUAAAUCUGAUAUUAUUGGAUUCUUUAUCAACUCUGUUGGCGCUACUAUCACUGAUAUUAGAGACAUAGAAAUCAAACUUGCAUACUUUGAGAGGACCAAUAUCUUGAUGUCUACACAACAGUUGUUAUCUGAAGUCAGAGGUCAUUACAUCUCACAAGCAAUUAGACAGGGUUAUAUUCUACUCCUCGGCUUGGACGUACUCGGCAAUCCAUAUGGCUUAUUUAAAGAUUUCUCAGAAGGAAUCGGUGAUCUCUUCUAUGAGCCUUAUAUGGGUGCCGUACAAGGUCCUGGAGAGUUUGCUGAAGGAUUAGCCAGAGGAGUACAGAGUCUAUUAGGCCAUGCUGUGGGUGGCACAGCGGGUGUUGUGGCUCGCAUAACUGGCUCAGCUGGUAAAGCUUUGGCAAGUAUAUCAUUUGAUGAAGAGUUCAAGAAGAGGAGAAACCGAAGGAUGCAGACCCAUCCGGAUAAUCUGCCAGAAAGUCUACUUUUAGCAGGAAAGGGAUUUGUAUUGGGUGUAGUGAUGGGAAUAUCCGGUGUAAUCGUAAAACCAAUCCAAGGAGCGCAAGAAGAAGGCAUCAAAGGAUUCCUGAAAGGCAUUGGAAAAGGAAUUCUUGGAUUGAUAGUUAGACCAACUGGCGGUAUAUUCGAUAUGGUUUCUAUGACGUUUGAUGCUAUUCGACGUGCAGCUGAUAUGGGAGAGCAUGUUGUUUAUAGAAUACGACAGCCACGAUUUAUCAAUCCACACGUGGGUGUCAAGCCUUUCUCUCCGUAUCUCGCUAUUGGAAAUAUGCUGCUGUUUAAUUUAUCCAAAGGACGAUACAAAGACAGUGAUAUUUAUUUUGCUCAUGCCUCAUUGAAAUCAGAUAAAAAAGACAAUCCAGAUGUUGUUAUAUUAACUGACAGACAGAUGAUGCUUCUUGAAAAGUGUCGUUUCUGGGGAGGAUGGGAUGUAGAAGAGGCUUAUUUUUAUGAAAAUAUCGUUGGUGUUCCGGUGUUGUCAGAUGACAAAAUAAUAUUCAAAGUCAAGGAUGGUGAUGACAAUGUGUUCUCUGCUCAGACGGUAGACAUGUAUUCCGACGAUGAGAAAGUGCUCAAGUGGUUACACUUGAAAUUAGAAAAGGCUAUUAUGCUCCAUCGAGAAGAAACACUAACACUUGGCAUUGAGUGAAAGAAUGGAAAUAAAAACUAUUUAUGGAUUCCUCAAUAUUGAUAAUUUAUUUUAUUUUGUGUGAACUAAACAUAUUUGUGAAUAUUUUACUUUGCUAACUAUCAGUACUCUAGGGAUUUAUUACUUUUACCGUAAUCAUUAAUUAAGAAUUUUGUUAUCAGGGUGAUAUUAUUAGUGAUUAUUUUAUCAAUGAGGGCAAGUCUUGUUUAUCAAAAACAAAUUUCUUUUUUCUUUGGAUAAAUCUUUUCGUUAGAUAAAUCUAUUCUAAAAUGUCAUAUAGUAUUCAUCAUUAUUUUAUCAAUGAGGGUAAGUCUUGUUUAUCAAAAACAAAUUUCUUCUUUCUUUGGAUAAUUCUAAAAUGUCAUAUAGUAUUCUAUAAGUAGAACACUGCUUAUCAAGUGAACAUAUUAGCUAGAACCCUGACUGUACGAAUGUACGGUGAGUAAAAUGAAAUGUUAAUGGUAUAUGAAGUGGAACACACUGACUGUUCAUUGAACACAUUAAGGAGAUAUUAAACUGGGUGUUUAAUUGCACAUCAGUUUAGAACCCAGACUGUCCCAUGGACUCAAAGAAGAGUAAAUAUUUAACAGUGAAGGAUUUGCGUUGCAGGAGACUUUAAAUUGUAUUUAUUUUCAUGUUUCCAUCGUAUAAAACAAGGAUGAGUGUAGUAAUAUAUUGUACAUAGUCAGACAACAUAUACAGAGUUGCUCAUGAUUAUUUAAUUUUAGAAGCUCUAAACAUCUUAAUUUAAACCAAGCUAGGUACCCUCAAUAUUGCUUGAAAACAAAAUUGUAUAGACAUAGAUAUCAUAUAAAGUAUAUUAAAUGUUAAUAUUUAUAAAUUCAAGAGAGAAUGGAAAUUUACGUGGAUUGUGCAAUUAUGUAAUUGAUGUUCUAUUAUAAUUUACAGUAGCAUAAGCCCUUCCCUAAAUUUAUGAAACGCAAAUGGUGAAUUUACAUGUGUACUCCCUAGGUUAUAAAAAUGUGGCAA